AACUAUCGGUGCGAUGAACCCGGUGCGAUCACGCGAUCCUCGGACACUUGUUGUCUCGGCCGUCACGUUAAGUGUGUAGUGCCACUCGGGGAGGUUGGAAAAGCGGGGAAAAGCGAGCCGAUCGGGUGGAUGGGCUGGGUGCAAAAUGGAGACGGUGGUCGAAGGAAGGAAGCUCACAAGGGAACAACUACACCACGACUGUAUCACGACUAUAUCUCGUCUGCUCGCACGUAUGCAACGACUAAUGCCUGCGUGUUUAACUAUGCCUUACCACCAAUGUCGCAAGAAACGCUGUUGCAGCACAAUGAGACGUCUUUAAGCUGGAUAGCGACCAGCUCCAAUUAUCCGUUUAACUGGUUGAUAUGUAGCACGGACAGGGGUUACGUAUGCACCGGUAACGAGUUCUGUACGUGGCGAGUUUUGAAGAAAAUAGAAAUAUAUUACGGUAGAAGGAACAGAGGAAACAUGUAAUGUAAAUCUUGGAGUUAAUGUUCCUGAAACUUGGCCUGGAAGGUGGAAGGAUAGCUGUGAUCGAAUUAAGGAGAAAUGUUAUUUGCAAGAAAAUAUAUAUGUAUAUAUAUAUAUGUAAUGGAAAAUUGUAUAUGCAAAAUGAUCCAAUUAAGUGUGAAAAUAGCGAGGAAUUUCAAGUGGAAUUUAUAUCUAAAUACUUGAUAUUUUUAUGUCUAGUUGAAGUCUUGCGUUUAAUUAAGUUUCUGAUGUUUGCAGAUUAAAAAGAUUAAGAAAUAUAAUAAUAAUAGGUGUUAGAAAAAAGUUAAUUUUUUUCUUAAAA